CGUCACGUGGAGAGUUGGAGAGCCAGAGACGGGCUGGUGGCUUGCCCCGUGUGGCAAGGCGUUUGUCCAACAGCGGUGGCCCUUUUGAGCGACAGAGUAGAGGCGCAAGGGCGGGGGGGCAGAGUGGGAUUGGAGCUUGGGUGGGAAGGCAUGGACCUGAGGGAGGAGAUCGCCAAGUCGCGGCGGCGGGAGUUCACGUGCAGGAUCGCCAGCCAGCGGGCGAUGAACAUAAGGAUGCGGGAGAAGGUGCAGGCCAGCAAAGCGGCGUUUGACCGUCUGAAGCAGGGCCUGUCCGCGGAGCCGUCCGACAAGGUCAACGGCCUGCGGCGGCGAUGGCGCGGCAAGCGCAAGGUCAAGCGCCUGGAGGAGCGCGGGCGGGUCGUCCACAGCGACGACGACUGGGACGACAUCGAGCUGCCGGUCAAGAAGAGCCGGCAGGGGUCGCCCGUGCCCGGGCUGGCCUUCCGCUGA